AUGGUCCUCUUCCAAAUCCUUCGCUUUGCCCUCCCCCAAUCUUCCGCCAUCUCCGCCCCCGCAUUUCUCAAACUCCGCGAGUUCGUCAGGUCACAUGGGCAAGCUGAAGAUCAAUACUUUGACCACAUUUUAUCGGAUCCUCAAUUGCGGAAACAGAGUGAUGAGAUGUGUUGGGUUAUCCAGUGGCCCAAUGGCUCUGAUCUCCGCACGAAUGCUUCGUUCAGAAGCAAGUUGAACGAAGCCACUCAAGACAAUUACACAAAAUCUCUGCUGUUCGAGUACAAUGAAUCUCAAACGGCGGAAUUGAAGAAGGGAUUAGAAGCGCCUGUCACUGAAUUUGCAAUCAUUAAUCUCUCGCCCACUGCACCUCUCCAGGAUGCAGGCUUGCAACGUUCUAUGCACAAAACGUACACUGAUUGCUAUUUCGCAGGAGGUUUCAGCGGAGGGAACUGGGCUUACAGCUUAAAUACGAAUGAUGUCGAUGAGCUCCUGAGGGAAAACACGGGUGAAAAGGCAAUUCCGGCAGAAGGGAGGAGGUUGGCGGUAUAUCCUCUCGGAUGGGAGAGCAAAGAACAUCACACGGCUUAUUCUUGUUCUCCUCUUUUUGAUGAGGAGAUACUGAAGUUGGCACCUUGGUUUGGGCCGGGGACGGGAGCGUGGUGGGUGACUUUGGAAAAGCAUAGAAACAACCAAUUGCCAAUUGCCAAUCCCUCUAGCAUCGAAUUGCUUGGAGGUUGA